AAAAAAAAUUCGAUUUAUGCGCUUUAAAAUUGUGUAAACAGAAAAAUAAUUAAAAAUGCUGUUCUAUUCAUUCUUUAAAUCACUAGUUGGAAAAGAUGUCAUAGUGGAGCUGAAAAAUGAUUUAUGUAUAUCUGGUACUUUGCAUAGUGUAGAUCAAUAUCUCAACAUCAAAUUGACUGAUAUCAAUGUGACAGAUCCAGAAAAAUACCCUCAUAUGCUUAGUGUUAAGAAUUGCUUUAUUCGAGGAUCUGUUGUACGAUACGUUCAAUUACCAGCCGAUGAGAUCGAUACUCAAUUACUACAGGAUGCAUCCAGAAAGGAGAGUACAACGAGUACGCGAUAAAGUCACAUCCAUCAACUUUACAUUUAAGUAUCUCUGAAAUUUUUAAGUUCUGUAUAAUUCAUGAAGAAAAAAGUUCAUUUAAAGUCAAAGAUAAGUGGAUGAAGCAUAAGAGUGUUAAGGAAUAAAAACUAAAAUGUGAAGACAGGAAGAUAUAAACUAA